AUGCAGGAAUUCUUAUUAAAUUACAGAGCUACUCCCCAUACCACAACUCAAGUUGCACCGGCCACACUCAUGUUUGGUAGGAACACCCGCACAAGAUUACCUCAGACUGACACUAAAACCGACAAGAAUGCCCUUGAUCAUUCCGUCGAACAACGCGAUAAAGAACAACGACAACGCAUGAAAGAAUACGCAGAUCGACGGAGACAAAGUAAGACGACAACCAUGAAUAUUGGUGAUUAUGUACUCGUAAGACAACAAAAGCACAACAAAUUUACCCCGAAUUUUGAUCCCAAACCGCUACAAAUAAUCACAGUAAAAGGAACGAUGAUUACUGCAGAAAGACCAGGAUUCGCUAUUACUAGAAACCCAUCGUUUUUCAAACCUAUUAAAACAACUGGGCUGUCUUCUGAAGAUGAGGAGGAAAUGGAAGAUAGUGAUGAACAUGAAGAACAACGUGAUAUUGGAGACAAUGAAAAUAACAACAAUCACAACCGAGAUGAACAACAAAAUCUAGAACGAAAAUAUCCAAGGAGAGAACGAAGAAGGCCGAACUAUUAUCAUUAA